AGUAUUAUUGGUGUACGCUGUGAGCUGAAGUUUCAGGUGAAUACUUCAGUGAAGAUGGCAGUUAGUCGAGCAGCCUGCGUUUUUUCCACCUUUGCAACUAGCAAAUAUCAUUUAUUCUCAGGUCAUAUCAGCCGAAACCUCUCAGUGUCUUCAUCAUGGGCAGCCCGAACACAUGUCAGCUAUGAGCUCAAGGAUGAUGUGGCAGUUAUACGACUCAAUGAUCCAACAGCCAAGGUGAACACACUGUCAUUGCAGAUGCAGUCGGAGCUGACUGAGGUUAUGGGGGAGAUCUGGUCGAAUGGGGGCGUAAAAAGUGCUGUCUUCAUCUCCAGAAAACCUGGCUGCUUCAUUGCCGGGGCAGAUAUCAAAAUGAUCCAGGCCUGUAAGAGCAGUGAGGAGGUCACCUGUCUCUCUAGGGAAGGUCAAAAGAUGCUGGAGAAGAUUGAGAAAUCUCCUAUCCCUAUUGUCGCUGCCAUCCAUGGUUCAUGCCUGGGUGGAGGCCUCGAGCUUGCGAUAGCCUGCCAGUACCGAGUUGCCACAAAAAGCAACAAAACUGUCCUGGGGACACCAGAGGUCAUGCUGGGACUGCUGCCUGGAGCAGGCGGCACUCAGAGACUGCCUAAAAUGGUGGGUCUCCCUGGAGCCUUUGACAUGAUGCUGACAGGCAAGAACAUCAGGGCUGAAAAAGCUAAGAAGAUGGGUUUAGUGCACCAGCUUGUGGAUCCUCUGGGUCCUGGUCUGAAACCUGCAGAGGAGAGGACUAUGGAGUACCUUGAAGAAGUUGCAGUGGGUGUUGCCAAGGAAAUCGCCAACAAAAAGAUUCCCCUUACCAAGGAGAAAAGCUUCAUGCAGAAGCUGCAGGAUGCAGUGAUGGAACUUGGUCCAGUGAGGAAAAAGAUCUACAAGACUGUCAGUGAGAGGGUUCAGAAACAAACUAAAAAUCUCUACCCGGCUCCAGAAAAAAUCAUUGAGUGUGUCCAGACUGGCAUGGAGCAGGGCAGUGAGGCAGGUUAUCUUGCUGAAGCUGAGAACUUUGGGAAGCUCGCAAUGACUUCUGAGUCCAAAGCUUUGAUCGGACUUUACCACGGUCAGGUGGCAUGUAGGAAGAACCAACUUGGGCCCCCAGAGAAGGAAGUAAAGAAACUGGCUGUUCUGGGUGCGGGACUGAUGGGUAGCAGUAUAGCCCAGGUAUCAAUAGAUAAAGGCCUCACCACCAUCCUGAAGGACACCACAGUGGACAGCCUCAGUAGAGGGCAUGAAAAGAUCUACAAAAGUCUCGACGCUAAGGUGAAGAAGAAUGAAAUGACAGCAUUUGAGCGUGACACCAUAAUGUCCAAUCUUUUGAUCCAGACUGACUACUCUGGAUUUGAGUCUGCUGACAUGGUGAUAGAGGCUGUGUUUGAAGAUAUCAACAUUAAACAUAAAGUUGUCAAAGAGGUUGAAGCGGUUGUCCCUUCUCACUGCGUUUUUGUGAGCAACACCUCAGGUCUGCCCAUCAGGGACAUUGCUGCUGCCAGCCAACGCCCAGAAAAUGUGAUUGGCAUGCACUAUUUCUCCCCAGUGGAGAAGAUGCAGUUGCUGGAGAUCAUCACCACAGAUAAGACGUCAACAGACACUUUGGCGUCUGCUGUCAAUGUGGGCCUCAAACAGGGGAAGGUUAUCAUCAUUGUCAAAGAUGGCCCAGGGUUUUACACCACUCGCUGUUUGUUGUGCGUUUUUCUGGAAUGUAUAAGAAUUUUUCAGGAAGGUGUGGAGGUACAGAGACUGGAUGCCUUGUCAGAAAGCUUUGGUUUUCACACUGGAUUGUCAGUGGUGGCUGAUGAAGUUGGUCUUGAUGUAGCGUUACAUUCAUCGGAGAAUCUGUCCAAAGCGUUUGGUCCUCGUUAUGAAGGUGGGGAUUUGGAGAUUGUCAGGCUCAUGGUAGAAAAAGGCUUCCGAGGCCGGAAAUCUGGAAAAGGCUUUUCUAUCUACAGUAAGACAAGGGAGGAGCGGAGAAUAAAUCCUGAAAUGGAAGAAAUCUUCAAGAACUACAAAGUGGCAACUCCUCUUGCAAUUUCAUCUGAUUCUGACAUCCAGCUUCGCAUGGUGUCUCGCUGCUUAAAUGAGUCAGUCUUGUGUCUCCAGGAGGGAAUAGUGGCAAACCCCGUAGAGGGAGACAUCGGAGCAGUGUUUGGAUAUGGCUUCCCUCCCUCUCAUGGUGGUCCGUUUAGGUUUAUCGACACAUUUGGUGCAGAGCGUCUUGUGAGCACCAUGAGGCGCUACGAGGAUGUUUAUGGAAACCAGUUUACACCUUGCCAGCUUCUACUAGACCACGCCAAGGACCACAGCAGAAAGUUUUACAAGUGAUCCUCUUUCCUAUUCCAAUAAUGACUUCCAGUGUUAGAGAGCUCUGAGGUUUAAGGAUGUCCUUAUAACAGUAAUAAAAAAAAGAAUGGAAAUCAAAUCAGCAAAAUACAUCUGUAGCACUGUCCAGCCUAAAGCUAUCAUCUGUGUAAACAGGAAGCUACUCUAGCAGCAUAGCUGUAUCAGAAUACUAAAUAUCAUUUCUGUAGUAGCCCAAAUCAUAGUAAAGACAUAUCUAUUGGCCAAUCCUCUGGAUAUGACUCUGUUUUGUUUUUGUGUAUUCGUGCAGAAAUCCUUUGUCAACAAUGAGGGGAAAUUCCAAUUAAGCUGUGCUACCUAGCUCUUUUAGCAGUUUUGACGAGGUUACAGGGUCAUAGUCUACUUUAUUCGCUUAUUUUGUUUUUUACUGGGCUGCACAGUGGAACAGUGGUUAGCAAUGUCGCCUCACAGCUAGAAGAUUCCUGGUUCCCGUCCUGGCCUGGGAUCUUUCUGCAUGGAGUUUGCAUGUUCUCUUUGUGCAUGUGUGGGUUUUCUCCAGGUUCUCCGGCUUCCUUCCACAGUCCAAAGACAUGCUGAGGUUAAUUGGUGAUUCUAAAUUUUUCUGUAGGUGUGAAUGUGAGUGUGUUUGUUUGUCUCUAUGUGUAGCCCUGUGAUAGACUGGUGAUCUGUUCAAGGUGUCCCCUGCCUUCACCCUAAGUCAGCUGGGAUAGACUCCAGCCCCCCCACAGCCCUACAGAAGAUAAAGUGGUAUAUAGAUAAUGGAUGGAAAGAUGUAUUUUACUGUAAUAUAGAAGCCUAGAUAUGUGCUUUUUGUGAAAUGCUUAAAACCUUUUCAUUUUACAUCAUCAGUUAACAGCAUUUAAAUGAUCAGGUCAACAAUUUUAGUGAUUACUGGUUAAUUUGCAGGUCAAUAUUUAAUAGUUUAAAAGGGAAUUAUGAAUUUUAGACAGUUAAUGUAUCGAAUAAAAUGGUAAAAAAUAAACCCAAGAGUGUCUAAGCAUUUUGCCCUCUUUUUCACAAAAAUAUUCUGCAGAGCAGAAAUUAGCAACACGUCACAAAACUAAUAUAAAAUUGUGUUUAGAACAAUCAUCCCAUUACCCCCCAGGUUAAUCUCAUGACUUUUGGAGGGACCCAAACCCUAGAUUUGAAACAAUUAAACUACCUACAUUAUCUGUUUAAAAGGCUGUAUAUAUACAGAAUAUGCUAUAAGUUGGCUCUACCUCAGCCAGCUACAGUUCUAUUUUUAUGCAGAACGGCUGAUUUUUCUGCUGCUCCUGUACUGUUGCCCAAGUAACAUUUUAAAUGCAAGACUUUUGCAUUGAUGCAAUGUACAUUUUUGGAAGUAAUGACUUGCACACUUACCACUGCAUUAUUCUGAAGCAUCACCUUUUUAAAUGGAUACUGAUAUAAAAUAAUGAAUAAAUGAUGUAAUUUUACAUGCUGCGUAAAAUCCUUUGUCUAUAUGAAGGCCAGACUCCUGCUUAUGGAUCGAGCUUUGCUUGCAGGUGGUUAUAUUUGUAGCUGAAAUAAGAUGUCUUAAAUAAUGAUAUUCUUUAAACACGGGCCUGGCUAACUUCUGUAACCUGUCCUUUAUGUUUACUGACUGCAUGUGGCUAAAUGACCUGUAGCACUGUCCAUGUCUCUGAUCUGGGAUGCUGUUUUGUGUUAUCGUUUUCUUUAAAUGCAUUAACUGUCACUGUAUCCGGCCUCACAGCCCACUGUCAUGUUGUAGACUCCAGCUCCCCACAACCAAAAACAAUGAAUGAAGGAUGAAUGAAAUUGGGUGAGGUCAUUUAGUUUCAGUUUAUUUUGUAAUCUCGCAUUUAUUUUGUCAUUGCUCUUAGAGUGGCCUUGCAGUUACAUGAUCACAGAGAGUACAUCAGUAUCAGUAUUAUGGGUGUGGUAGGGUUUCUGAUAUCAUGAGAAAGAGUUUUCAGAAACUUGGCAUUAAUAAGCAGCUUUUCACCUGGCUGCAGCUCAUCAAAUUUAUGGGAAUCUAAUGGAAUUUAAAGAGGAUUCUGUCAGACAUUAUGAGAGAACAGGAGAAUCACAAGUGUUAAUAAACAAGCUCACAACAACAUAAAUUGCAUUUUCACAGUUGUCUGGAAGAUCUUUGUUGCAGAAAUAACCCUCAGUGUAGCUAAAGCGACAGUCCCGGGUUAUAGGACAUUACUAUCACCACUACCUAAAAGAGACACACUCCUAAUUACAUAGGACAUACAUGAAUUCAGAGAGCAGGGCCACAUUUCAUUUGAACAGCUGAAGGAAAACAUUUGUCCUUCUUUCUGAAAAUAUUUAGGACCAACAUUUUUUAGUCCUGAUUAUUUUGUUACUGUCUGAGGAAACAGACUCUGGCUUUGUGUAUGUAACUGUUUUGGGUAACAUUUUGAUAGUUUUAUUAUUAAUUUGACUGCUAAUUGUUUUUUCGAUUACUCCAUCAGUUGUCUGAAAUUUUAAAAAAACCUGUGAAAAGUUUCCAUUUUUAUUAUUGUAUGAUUUGUUGUGGGAGUUUGGCUCUUUCCUUGAAUUUUUGGUGUGUAAUGAAUAAAAAAAACAAUGGUUAUGAGAACAUA